UCAAAACGAUUGGAAGAUAAUUUCAACUUAAUUACAGCAUUCCGUGUCGGAGCUUUAUCAGCUUUUCGUGCCAGCGACGAGGCGCGCCGCUAACUUUGGAGGGCUCUAAAAGCUUAAUUACCUGUGCUUGGCCUGAGUUGUUUUAUCGAUUUCAAUCCCUUUCGUGCUCUGAUACACUAGUGAAUUUCUAAGCUUGUAUGGAACCUGAUAGCAUCUAAAAAUGUGCACGGGAACGAUGAUAUGUAUUUAUGGAUAUAUUCGUGUAAUAAAUCUUCGGUAAGUGCACUGUUUGCUUUAGAAAUUCAUUAUGUUACCGUCGAGUUGGUAGCUAAAGUUUGAUAAAAUAUUUAAGGGUACGAUAACUGCGAUUCAGUUAUGGAAAGCGGAGUGGUUGUGAAUUAAAGAGGUGAUUUAAAACAAUAGUCAUGUAUGGGCUGCCGAAUGUCGCACUGAGGACGCGUAACAAGGUGGAAUGGACAGUGGCAGGCUGGAGGCAGUCCCACCUGGGGCAGUGCAUCUGGACACAGUAAGGGCUCUGCACCAGACUGUUGUCUCCUUGCGAACUGCUCUAGAAGUCUCCAAGAAUGAACUAAAGGAGUUGAAAGAAAAGUACGAACAACAUUCUCGUUGCAUAGAGUACUCUGAUCUCAUAGAAAAAUUGACUUUAGAAAACCAUAUAUUGAGAAGGAAGAUAAUAGAUACAGGAUUUGAUGAAAAAGAGCAAAAUGUACCAAAUAUAAAGCUAGAAAUCACAUGCAGCCCUAGACAGAAUGUAGAAGAGAGUGAGGUAAUCAUACGUACUGCUACUACAGAACCUCAUAGUGCUAUUACUACAGAUAUAGAACUUGAGGAAAAACCUGAACAGUUAACAGAACAUUCAUUUUGCUCUGUUGAAAAGUUGAAUGAAAUCAAAGAAGAACAACUACAAUCUCCAGGACUAAAUGUUAUAGAACUAUCACCAGAACGUCAAGUGUCUAGCAUCACACAGGAAUCAGAAAAAUCUGAAUUGGAACAAGAGGAAAUAGAUGCUGAUCAGGAAAAAAGUCAAUUUACUACAUGUAGAAAGUCAUCAGAAGAUAUUCCAGCCAGUUUUAAAACAAAGUUAGAAUUAUUGUCAAAGUUUGAUGUAAGGAUAAAAGUACAGACUUUAAAAGAAGGUGUGACUACAUCAAGUACAACUUCUGAUAGUGAUUCUACUAUUGAAGAGAAGAGAGGUAAAGAACCAACAGACUCAAAAUCUUUUCAAUUUGAAGAGAAGAGGACACAUUUUGAAAACGCUGAAGACAAUCGUGGAAAUAAAAUAAGAUUUAAAGCAGUUUCGUCUGAGAACAUUAAAAUGGCAGUGCCAAAUGAAGCUGAAACAAAAUCCAAGGUGGAUAAAUUUGAUGUUCAAGUGCGGAUCACAUCUGAGGAAAAUCUGGUUGUUAAGGAAAAAGCAGAGAGGAGCAGAAGAAAGGACACUCUUAACUUGGACGUUGAUGACUUGAGUCUUAGAUCUCUUUCAGAAGGCGACAACUCAGUAUUUUCAGAAGGGGGGCAGACUCCCGUAGACCCCAACACUAUUCCUCAAGACGACAAAGACCAGGACAACGGUAGUGGCAAUGAGUCGGAAGAAGUUGAUGACAUAGAGCUCAUAUUCACCACUGACGAGUCCAAGGACAUGAGUAAUUUGCAGGAGGACCUGGUAUCCAUUCGCGAAGGAGAACCAUGGGUUCCAACCUCCGCAUCGACUCACUCCACACCAGUCCUUAUUAAGUUUCACACUUUAGAUCCUGACUUCCAGCCGGGAGGUGACCUUUACGACGACAAUGUAGAGAACGGCAAAGCUGUCACUGAAUCUCCUAGAAUGAAAAGGGUGUCACUCCCAAGCGACACUGAUAUACGUAACGUGCCAUUCAAUGGCAGAAGCCUUGAUAUGCCUGGAAGAGGUAUUUUAAAAAGCUACGAUAAUAAGUCGGAUAAUAUGUUAUAUAGGAAAAGUCCAAGCGCGAGUGCAAGAAAACUCGACAGUGUAGACAGUCUGGUGUGCGAGUAUAAUCGAGGCAUGAGUUUUGAUACUACGAAGUCAUCAAGUUUCGAGAUGGGGUCCAGUAUGGAGAUUCUCCAAAGGGAAGAGAGCAUGGACAGUUUUCACAGAACCAGCCAUUUGGGGCAUCGGUUCUCUGUGUUUGCUGAACCUGAUAUUUCGAAAUGCGGUAUUUCUGAAGAGGAUUUGGGUGUAAACCUUAAUGUUAGGAGGAACACUUGCCCUAAUCCGUUCCAGUAUAGACCGUCAGCGUACCGCGGCGUGUCCCGCGCGCCAGGGCCGUUCAAGGCGGGCGGCAUGGCGGGUCGCGUGCGCCCCGUGCUGCGCGACGGCAGCGGCCCGCGCCGCGAGACUGGCGCCCAGACCGACGUCUCCGCGCUACCGCCGCGCUGGGGUUCCGAUGGAUACCUGGCUUAUAAAAUGGCGCCACCGACAGUACCGACGCUGCCGGGGCGCAGUUCCGGCGCGGCGGCGGCGGCCCGGCGCCUGACCGUGCCCGACGCUCGCCCGCCGCCGCUGGUGCGAAGAACUGACGAGACACGACGGGUGCUGCUAAGCGACAUCGGUUUCACGUCAAUGGUGCCGGAGUUGUCCCGUUCUGCCGACCCAGUGUGGGCAUUAGCUAAAAAAGCGCACAACGACGUAGAACCCACCACCACCUCCACUUCAAAGUUCGUGUCGCGCGGCUCGUCGUACCGCUCGCCGUGCGUGAGCCUCGACCGCAGUUGGAUGGACGGCGAGUGGGUGCGCAACCUGCAACUGCCGAUGCACAAGAGAGACAAAUUUGACGUUCCGAUAUCGCGGUACUCCAUGCCAGACGUGCGCUGCCCCUUGCUCGAUUACGAAACUGAUCUUCUUAUGAAAGAAGCAGACACCAUGCUACGGACGUCUCUGGACGACUUGCACGACCCACCUUUUCAUUUGGACACAAUCCAGCCGAUGGGCAAGCCGUACGUCCCAUUAGAGCCGCGCCAUCUUAAACUUGGACACUACGUGAAAGUGAUCACUCCAAAUGGAAGGAUUGCGCUCGGCCGAGUAAGGUACGUGGGUUAUGCAGGCGCGACUGCAGCCCAUAGCAGCGUGAUGAUCGGUGCCGAGUUCCCCGUCGCGCAGAAUCCCGGCCUGCCUCGCAACGACGGCAUCUACGCCGGUCGGCGGUACUUCUUAUCGCCUUUGCAAUACAAUGCACUCUUCGUGCCUUUUAGCAAAGUCGUCAUGGCCUGGCAAUAGAUAUGAAGCUGAAUACUCCGAGGUAUGUCAGUUUUUGUUUCACUUGCGAAAUGUACGGACAACUUUCAAGGUUAUGAGGAAAAAAUAAGUAAGAAGAGAUAAGCAAGAAAACAUAAGUUAGCAUUUAUUUUUAUGCAUAUUUUAUUAAAAAUUUUGCCAUAAUAUAUUAUUAUAAUAAGACAAGCAGUAUGACUCCAUACAAAACGCCGUCUCGUAAGGACGCACACAUUCGCAUAAUCUCGUGAUGUACUCGCGUUGCAUAGCGCGGGUCAUCACACGCGCUAUUAAUUGAGUCGAAACGGCCGCUCAGUAUUUAAAAAAGACAUCAAGUAGUAGGCGUGUUUAUUGUUGUGUCGAACAAGAGUACCUCAAAUUCAGAGUUGUUCAGCAUUUCAUUUCUAUUUUAUACUCAUGCUCCCAUAAUCGAGAUACCAAUGUGCGGUAAUAUCAUAAGAAUGUCAAUAUGAGGUUGCUGCAUUUGUUAUUUCGAUAUAGCACAACAAUAGUGG